GUACUAUGAAAUGGCAACAGGCGGGAAAGAAAAUUUACCAGCUAGCAAGCCCGAUGAGCUCAAUAUGCAGCAUCUCUCUUUGGGACAAAAGAGCGAGCCAUUCAUCGAGGGAUGGGAGAUAGUUGACGUGUUAGGUGAGGGAGCGUACGGAGAAGUGAAAUUGGCGAGACACCAGGUACAUAACGAGUACGUUGCAGUCAAGACAAUCACAAUCACAGACCAGAAUAAAGACCUGAUUCGGAAAGAAGUGGGAAUCAUGAAGUGCCUAGAGCACAAGAAUAUCAUCAAGUUCUACGGCCAAAGGUCAGUGGAUAAACGAAACCAGGUUUUUAUUUUCCUGGAGUACGCUGAAAACGGAGAGCUGUUUGACCGAAUUGAGCCAGAAAUCGGGAUGCCCAGAAAGGAAAUGUUCAAAUAUUUCACACAGUUGCUGGAAGGAGUCGAGUUUAUACACGAGAAAGGCAUCGUGCAUAGAGAUAUAAAGCCCGAAAAUCUACUUAUUGAUAAAGACAUGAACUUGAGAAUAUCAGAUUUUGGUCUGGCCACGCUUUUCAGAUGUAAGGGAAAAGAAAGAAAAUUAAACACAGUUUGCGGGACACCGUGCUAUUCCGCUCCAGAAGUGCUGGAAGGCGGACAUUAUUAUGCGGAGCCAAUUGAUGUUUGGUCUUGUGGUAUUGUUUUACUGGCUAUGCUAACGGGUGAGUUGCCGUGGGACGAACCCAAACGAUCAUGCAAAGAAUUUGAUCAUUGGGCGGAGAAGAAGCAUUAUUCCACACCUUGGUGUAAAAUUGAUGCCAUUGCACUUGGAUUCUUCUUGAAGUUACUCCAUUUGAAGCCAGCUGAGAGACUUACUAUUGCGAAUAUUCGCAAAGAGACUUGGUACGUUAAACUAUCACAGGCAAUGUCGACCUCCAGAAAACGGCAAUAUUCUCCUGGAUCAUCGCCUAUUGCCCAAUCUCCGAGUAGACCAUUCAAACUAGCAUGCAGUCGAAUUGAGAAUUCGCCUUGCAGAAAAGUGCCCGUUGACUUCUAUCACGCCAUGCCUCAAAGUCAGCCUGUGUUGUCUAGUCCUGUGGGUCAGACGCCAGGCGGUACACCUGGAAAGGGAGCGGCGGUAUCUGUGGCAGCAACUGAUUUCGUGAUGAGUCAACCCAAUGAUUUUGGAUCCAUGGCCAUUACCCAAACCGGAGCUGGCUCAGUGAGAAAAGUGAAUCGUAUGACUAGGUUCUACACGAAAGGUGUGUACCUUGAGACUCUCAAGGCCAUACAGAGGUUCCUGGAACACAACGGAAUCUCGUACAAAGUUUCGGAAUCGGUGCUGACAGCUUCUGUCGUGGAUUCUAGAUCCAAUAAAUUGGUAUGGAAAAUUAACAUCAUUACGACCGGAGACAAAGAAUUGAAUUUAGUGGACGUGAGGAGGUCCAAAGGAGACGGAAUUGAAUUCAAGAAGCAGUUCAUCAAGAUGAGGGCCAAAUUGGUUGAUCUGAUCUACGAACUGCCUCCAUUGCUAAUGAGUAGUAACUCUGUGACAUAACGCUUCCACGUUGAUUUAGGAUUUCAAAUCAAGAAUUUCGGGUUUCAAAACUAAUACCUAUUGUGUUGGUUUAUUUGAGUUCGAUUUUGCAAUUUUUAUUUCUCUUGAUAAAUUUAACCCUUUUCGCUCCGACCACCAUACGUUGAAGUGAAUAUUUAUACGCCGAAAAAUUAUAGUCUCCUUGAUGUACAUUUCAAAGCGAUGGUUGGAGCUUCUGUUACUUUUGAACAGAGCGCGGGUCGUAUUGUUUAAUGUUUUGUUCCGGUUUUAUUUGCGCCAAUAGAGUUUUAAAGAUCCUCAAAAUAUAUUACAAUUCUAGUGUAAUCUUGUGUAAUACUUAUUUUUUUGUGCUCAUUUGUCGCGUCCCUUAGCUGGUUUACUGAAAGUUUUUACUACAA